GAAAUUACGAAUAAUUAUUGAAUUUGCCGCUUGUUUUGCCUGUCGAUAAAACAGUUGCCUAGAUAUCGUCUUUUUCGGUGAAUAAUUGUGGCGACCACGUUGUAGCAACUCCGCCACGAUGCAAAUUUUCGUGAAAACUCUGACCGGCAAGACCAUCACUCUUGAGGUCGAGCCUUCAGACACCAUCGAAAAUGUCAAAGCGAAAAUUCAGGACAAGGAAGGCAUUCCCCCCGAUCAACAGCGUUUGAUUUUUGCGGGUAAACAGCUGGAGGAUGGACGCACUUUGUCCGAUUACAACAUCCAGAAGGAAUCCACCCUUCAUUUAGUUUUGCGUCUGCGAGGUGGGAUCAUCGAGCCGUCUUUGCGGCUCUUGGCCCAGAAAUACAACUGCGAUAAAAUGAUUUGUCGCAAAUGCUAUGCCAGGUUGCAUCCACGUGCCACCAACUGUCGCAAGACAAAGUGUGGACACACCAAUAAUCUCCGACCCAAGAAGAAGCUCAAGGGUUAAGUUGUUGUCAUUACGAGCGACAAAAUAAACAUUUUGCAUUGA